AUGGAUGAUUUGUGGAAUCAAGCAUGGGAUUCUUUAAUUCAAGAGGUGCAGAGGGAGGCCAACGAGGAGGCGGCGGCGGCGGCGGCGAUCCCUCAUGAGAUUCGUCAUCGUCGGACAAUCCCACGGGACCAUGUCGGAGCGGCUGAGCGGCUUAUGGCCGACUACUUUAGCGCUGACCCUCGUUACCCGGCUGAGAUUUUUCGUCGGCGUUUCAGAAUGUCGCGACCGCUCUUUACCCAUAUAGCGACGACAUUGACGGAUCGGUUCGAGUGCUUCACUCUCCGGAGUGAUUGCACUGGCCGAAUCGGGCUGUCUACUUUGCAUAAAUGCACCUCUGCAAUUAGGCAGCUUGCCUAUGCCGGACCGGCUGAUAUGUUCGACGAAUACCUACAGAUGGGUUCGAACAACGACAUCAACGUUCUGCAGUCGUCGCCUAUCUUCAAUGAUGAGUGCCGGGGAGAGGGUCCAGAGAUCAGUUUUGUAGCAAAUGGCACGCAGUAUCGCAGGGGAUACUAUUUGGCAAAUGGAAUAUACCCUCGUUGGCCCGUAUUCGUCAAGACACUUCGCCAACCGCUAGAGCGAAGAGACAAUAUUUUGCGCGAAAACAAGAGGCCGCUAGGAAAGAUGUUGAGCGAGCUUUUGGUGUGCUCCAAGCGCGAUGGGCCAUUCUACGCUGCCCGGCACGAGUGUGGCACUGAUAAGGCUAAUUUCAUGCAUUGGUUAUAUAGUGAAAAGCAUCACAUUUCUGCUGGGUCUAACAUGUUUGAUUAA